AUGCAGCCGCCCUCGUCCUCUCCCGACCACAAAACUGCCAAGAAUGCUACCGGUGGUGACGCAAAUUGGACUCGAAAUAUACUAUCCUCGAUUUGGGGCUUUUUCUCCAGUGGGCCUGGGGAAGAUACCGAGGCUGAUGCUGUUGAGGCAUGGGUUGGGGUGCGGAGGGGGCGGGGUCGAUGUCGGUCUGUUGGGGAAGUCCGGUGA